CAUUGGCCGUGGCUGCUCAGGGAGGAGGAGGAGAGACCGACCGACUGGCUCGAAUUCCUCCGCGCUCCUCACAUUUCUAAAAAUCACGGACCUCCUGCUCCUCGCCUCCGUCCCGACAAACAUCCAGACGAGCUCCGGCUUCCUCCUCCUCCUCAUCUUCCUCCUCUGAGAAGAUUUCCGAGACGAGCAGCUUCUAACCAAAAUGAUGUCGCGAGGUAUCACCGUGCUCCUUCUGCUGGCACUGGCCGUCUGUAACGCCGAGGAGAUGCAGAGCAAGAGCAAAGUGUGCGCCAAUGUGUUCUGCGGGGCUGGCAGAGAGUGUGCCGUGAACGAGAAGGGGGAGCCCAGCUGUCUGUGUAUAGAGAGCUGUAAGCCCCACAAGAGGUCAGUGUGCGGCAGCAAUGGUAAGACGUACAGAAACCACUGUGAGCUCCACAGGGACGCCUGUCUGACUGGCCUGAAGAUCCAGGUGGCCCACGAUGGACACUGUCAGGAGAAGAAGACAGAGCAGGCUGCUGCCAGCCCAGUGGUUUGCUACGCCGCUGACCGCAAUGAACUGAGGAGUCGUGUGAUCCAGUGGCUGCAGACCGAGGUCGUCCCGGACGGCUGGUUCGUCAAGGGAUCCAACUUCUCUGACAUCCUGCUCAAAUACUUCAAGAAUUAUGACAAUGGUGACUCUCAGCUGGACUCCUCAGAGCUGCUCAAGUUCAUCCAGCAGAACGACUCUGUCGUGGAGCUGCAGUCGUACGCAGACCAGGAAAGCAACAAGCUGCUCAGGAGCCUGUGUGUCGAUGCCCUCAUCGAACUCUCUGAUGAGAAUGCUGACUGGAAGCUGAGCUUUGACGAGUUCCUCAACUGCCUGAAGCCUGGCUUCAAUCCACCAGAGAAGAAAUGUGCCUUGGAGGAUGAGACAUACGAGGACGGCGCAGAGACACAGGUUGAGUGUAAUCGUUGUGUUUGUGCUUGUGGCAACUGGGUCUGCACUGCUAUGACUUGCACUGACAAAACAGCAGCUGUGGAUGAGGCAGCAGAUGCUGGGGCAGAGAUGACUGAGGAGGAGUGGAACCUCAGAGUGGCUGAGCUCAACAAACACCAGGAAACAGUGGAGAAGAUGAAGACCAGCACAAAGGAGGCCUAAACAAGGACGCAAUGAAGGAGAGGAUGCACAUCAUCACCUGUUCUCCAUACUUGAUUUACCUUGCGGCCAUGUGUUGUUUUUGAACUGACUUUAUCAUGUUUCUCUGCUAUGUUAAUUAUUACACUUUUUUUACGAUGUUUUUUGUGUUUGUGUUAAUGUUUGUUAGAUUCAGGGGCAAUCAAAGAGUAUUAUAGGAUUCCCUCGUGUUCAGUACUGUCAUAUUUGAUUGUAUUACUGCGCCUCUACACUAGCCUCGGGGCUGUUUUUACUACCAUCCUUAUAUUGUUACAGUUAUUAUUGAUUAAGGCAUAUUGUCACUGUUUUUAGAAUAUGGAAGUUGUUGAUUGAGAGGGUGGUGAGGUUAGGAGAGUAGAGAGCUGCCUGUUAAAAUAAGAGGGCUGUUGGAGGACUACUUGACAUCUGGUGCAGUUUUUGUUUCCGUUCAGCACUCUCAUCAGUUUUGCAGUCAACAGGUCAGUUAAAGAAGCGAGAAUAGGAGGGUAACGCUACUUGUGAUUUUGAUUUUGUUGCCGUUUAGAACUGCCACACUAGGCCACUACUUGACCAAUGCACUUCUUGUCUUUCUGUCUUGCUUUCUUUUUCUUUUCACAAGCCUGAGUCUUUUUUAAAUCUUCACUCUAAAGUCAGAAUUUUGCUUUUAAAGUUUGCUUCUGUGUACAGUAUGUUAUUGGCUUGAGUUGCAACUCAUCCUGAUCACAUGUUAUGCUCAGGCAAGUCUCAAUGGUGCUUUUUAACAUUUCUCUGUUGGUGUCUGACAUUUCCCAGACAGAGACACUGUGGUCCAUCUUUCAGUGCAGAGCUGCACAGCUGCACAUCAGUGAGACCUGAUCUGAAUAUAUCAUGGUGACAACUGAAACCAAAGUCUUAAUGAAGUGUUUGAAUGUUGUACUAAAUUCUCCAGGUAAAGCAUUACUCUGGACCCAGCAACAACACUAUACCUGUGCUUUCAGAAUCACUCGAACAGAAGGACUAGCCUCACUGUCAGCUGUAGUAGCUUAGACGCAUCAAUAACUGGGUGCAUUUAAAUCGUGUGUGUGAAUGAAUGUAUGUGUGUGCUAUUGAUGCUCAGAGUAGUUGCGUUUCUUAAAUGUGUUUUUUGUUGAAAUUCUGUACCUAAGUUGGGAGGUUUGACAAUACAAAUCAGUGCCUUAUACCUGCAAACCGUAUAGGUCUGUACCUUCGCCUGCAUCGAGGCUAUAAACGCCGAGUGCCAGAGCAAGAAUGAGUGUGCUUUUGCUGAAGUUUAGCAGUAUACUAGUGCUUUGUGACUCUAUCCCUGAUAAAUGUCUGUGUGAAAGUUGCAUUACUAGGUUCAGGCUAAAUCUUUAUAUUCCACUAAACGUGCAGAGACUGUAAGGAAUACAUAUGUAUGCCAAUAAAGCCCAUAAACCACAA